AGAAAGGCCGGGUCCUGAGACAGCGGGCAUUAGUCCGUGCGGCUGGGCCCACCCAGUUCCUCAGGGUGCCCGCCUGGGCCCGGGCUGGGUGGGGUUGCCCAACACGUGGCCUCCCAGGAUGGCGAGGCCUGACGGUACAGUGAGUGACGCCUGGAGAGCCGGCUCCAGGGCAACGCCCGCCGGUCCCUGGGGCUUCCCCUGCCAGGCUGGGCCCUGCUCCCCUGGGGGUGCUGCCAGGGAUGCACUGGGCCUGAGGGGAAUGCAGGAGUGCUUCAGGGAGCCCAGAGGCGGAGCUAGCAGGAACAGGGCCGGUCUGCUGUCUGUCCUCCUCUCUGGCUCUCUGUCCUUCCAUCCAGCCCUGAACGCAGCCACUGCCGCCUGGAGAUAGGGAAGGGCCGCACUCCAAGGUCCCCUCUCGGGUGUCCAGGGUGUCCUCUCCGCAGCCUAGGACCCUGUCCUUCCUCGUGCCUUCGCCCUCCAGGGCCCUUUUUCUGAUGUGAAACUAAAUAUUAUCCAAUAUUAUCCAUACUAGUCAAAUGUUUUAGACCAAUCCCCACAAUGCCUGCAUAGGAAGAUGAGGAGACUGGAACUCAGACAGGUUAAGUAACUUGGCCAAAGGUCACAUCACCGGCAAAGCCAGAAAUGCAAAGUCAUGUGCUGCCUCUCAGCAGCACCCUCCUGGCCACACCCUCCGAGGGGCCCUUACCCAGAAAGCCCCAGCUGGUGACUCCACAAUUCCGGACCCAGUCUGUGACUUUGCAUUUGAUUUGCAUAAGGGUGUCACAAAUACAGAGCUAUCUCCCCGACAGCCCCCCUUCCUUCUCCUCCUCUUUUUCUCUGUCUCACUCACGGGCACGCACAGCCAGGCUCUUCCUCCUCGAGAUGCCUGGCGGGCUGGGGAGCGCCAUCUGGUCUCCUCCAUCUGCCCAGGAAACCUUCGCUGGUUCAGAGUGUUCCUUCCCACCCGGCACUCCUCAGGGCCCCAGGCCGGGGAGCAGAGCUGCGGGGAGGCCGCCUGGAGGAGUUGCUGUGUGCUGGGCAGCCCCUUUUCUGUCUGCAGUCUCAGGGCAGCGGGCAGGAGUGCACAAAUGGGGGGAGGGUUCCCCAGCCCCAGAUACAUCCUCUCUCUUCUGUCUUCAGCCCCAGAUUUAGCUGCCUUUUCACCUCCCACGACUUCCUGCUGCCAUCUGGAGUGCUGGGAGGCUGGAGAACUAGAAGGAAGACUGGGGUGGGGGUUGAAGGGAGGGGGCCCAGAGCUCGAGCCCUCAGAGGGGAGGAGGAAAAGAAGGUGCUGGCACCCUGGACAGAGAGGGGGCCCAGUGCCCCCUUCCCUUACUCUCUCAGCGGCACUGUCCAAAACAGUAGCCACCAGCUACUUCCGAUUUAGAAGGAAACAGAAACUCAGAUAUGAAAAAAUAAAUAUAAAAUAUCUCGAUAACUUUUAGAUAGAUGACAUAUUUAAACAAUAAUAUUUUGGACAUAUUGGGUUAAGUAUGAAAUUAAUUUCACCUGUUUCUCUCUGCCUUUUUAAUGUGGCAACUGAAAAGUUUCAAGUGGUACGUGUGGCUUGCAUUACAUUUAUUGGCCAGGAAGUUGCUGUUCUGUAAAUACUUACUGCAGGGAGCUGUUUUGAACUAAAUGGUUCUUUGUUAUACCUCGGUCUUUUGGCUCUACACACGCCCAUCCCUCAGCCUCAGAGAGGCAGUACAAUGUAGGGGUAAGAAUGUGAACUUGAUAGACUGAAUUUAGGUCCUUUCUUGUUUGUUUGCUUUUAAAUAUGUUUUUAUUGGUUUUAGAGAGAGAAGAAGGGAGAAGGAGAAAAAGAAACAUCAAUGCAAGAGAGAAACAUCCAUCUGACCAACGACCUUUAGGUUCCCACCAGCAUCAAGGACCUGCCAGUGUGAGAAACUUCCUGUCACAAGGCCAUCCCCACGGGGUCACCUGCCCCUGGGUUGCCAGUCAUGAGCAUGCAGGAAACCCUAACAACAGCAUCAACCUCGCCUCAAGCUGCAGGCCAACCCUCGAGCUCAGGCUCGAAGUUCACAAAGAGCUCCCCAGCCACCUGGAAGUCCAGGGGUCCAAAUCAUGGGCCCAAUGUGCGUCUGAUGCGCAGGAUCAUCGCCGAGGAUGCUGAGUGGUCACUGGCCAUCGUCCCCCUGCUCACAGAUCUCUGCAUUCGACACAUUGUCAAGAACUUCCGGAACAAUCCGAUCCUGACGCAGCUGCUCCCCGAGCACCAGCAGAAGGUCCUGCGCCAGCUGCCCCCGGACCUGCCGCUGGCCGUGACCGCCAACCUGAUCGAUGACGAGAACUACUGGCACCGCUGCUGCGAGCAGCGCUGGCCCGUGUGCCACCUGGACUGCCACGGCGGCAGCUGGAAACGCCUGUUCUUCGAGCGGCACCUGGAGAACCUGAUCAAACACUUCAUCCCGGACUCCACGGACCCCGCCGUGAUCCUGGACCUGCUGCCGCUCUGCAGGAACUAUGUGCGCAGGAUCCGCGUGGACCAGUUCCUCCCGCCCGUGCAGCUGCGGCCCCUGCAGCACAGCGGGGACCAGUCGGACUCGGGCAGCGAGGGAGAGAUGGAGGAGCCCUCCAUGGACCACUACCAGCUGGGCGAGCUAGUGGCCGGCCUGAGCCAGCUGGAGGAGCUGGACCUGGUGUACGGCAUCAAGGACUGUGGCAUGAACUUCGAGUGGAACCUCUUUCUCUUCACUUACCGUGACUGCCAGUCCCUGGCAGCGACCAUUAAGGCCUGCCACACCCUGAAGGUCUUUAGGCUGACCCGAAGCAAGGUGGAUGACAACAAGGCACGCAUCCUAAUUCGCAGCCUCCUGGAUCACCCGGCCCUGGAGAAGCUGGACCUGUCACACAACUGCAUCGGGGACCGUGGCGCUCGUGCGGCCGCCAAGCUGCUGAGCCACAGCCGCCUGCGUGUGCUCAACCUGGCCAACAACCAGGUGCGUGCGCCUGGUGCCCAGUCGCUGGCUCACGCCCUGGCACACAACACCAACCUCCUCUCCCUCAACCUGCGCCUCAACUGCAUUGAGGAUGAGGGCGGCCAGGCACUUGCCCACGCCUUGCAGACCAAUAAGUGCCUCACCACGCUGCACCUUGGUGGGAACGAGCUGUCGGAGCCUACGGCCACACUCCUCUCCCAGGUGCUCUCCGUCAAUACCACACUCACCAAAAUCAACCUGUCCUGCAACCACAUAGGACCGGACGGCGGGAAGCAGCUCCUGGAAGGCAUGUCAGACAACAAGACGCUCCUGGAGUUUGACCUGCGUCUGUCCGAUGUAGCCCAGGAGAGCGAAUACCUCAUUGGCCAGGCCCUCUGUGCCAACCGCGAAGAAGCCCGCCAGCGGGGCUUGAAUCCCAGCCACUUCUCAGCACCACUCACUGCCAAGGGCCCUGAGAACCCUGUGGGAUAGGAGAGGGGCCAGGGCUGAGGCAGUAACCACCCUGGGCCACUGCCCUACCCCCCACCCCCCCGGUCAUGCCCCUUGUGCCUGCUGCAGAGUGUCACACUGGAACACAGGGAGUGGGGGAGACCACGAAGAUCCUGGGGUGUGAUCAAAGGUUGAGUGCAUGUAUACAUAUGUUUCCUGUUAGGAUUAUGAUUGCCAGGAUGUAAGUUCCCCAUUCUAUAUAGAAUAAUAAAAUUUCAUCAAGAAUCUGAACAGUGCCCAGCCGGCAUGGCUCAGUGGUUGAGCAUCAAUUCCUGG